AUGAAGUCAACUUGUAAACAAGCGAAAACAAAUUUUUGUUUUGUCCAACUUUUAAAGCUUUCGUUUCGUUUGUUGGUUUAUCAGAGCAGAUUUGAAGCUUGCGCAUGUGUCGAGUGGAUUUCUCACUUCAAACAUUUGUUAAAUGCCUUAAGAUGCUGUACAACUCACAGACAGUUCAUAGACAUCGCAAGCUGA